AUGGGAGUGGCACGGCGCGCUCGAAAAGAAAAACGCUUGGAGAGCCCACAAGCGCUGCAGGAUAUUUUCCAAAGAAUAAUGGACUUUCGAGAGAGGUUGGCUAAGCUGAUCACCUACGACUGGGUGCCGAUUCCCCUCGUUUAUUCACAAGUGAUGAGCUUAACUGUUCGCUUGUAUUUUUUUCUUGCAUUGAUGGGACAUCAAAAUAUAGCGCCGACACCGGACGCAAGCUACGUUGAUACGGUUCGUCUUCAGCAUUUCUGUGCAGUCGCAAGCUUUUCUUGA